UUCAAUAACUUUCACACAAAACUUUUUUUUUAGAGAAAAAGACUCUUUUUCUUUCUUCUCAAACUUUGAUUAAAAUCAUCAAAGAUGGGAAACAGUUUAAGGUGUUGUUUGGCCUGUGUUCUACCUUGUGGAGCACUAGAUUUAAUUCGUAUAGUACAUCUGAAUGGUCAUGUAGAAGAAAUAACAAGUCCAAUAACAGCUUAUGAAGCUCUCAAGAAUUACCCUAAUCAUGUUUUGAGUAAACCAUGCUCUCAAGGUACAAUGGCUCGUCGGAUUCUGAUUUUGUCACCGGAGUCCGAGCUCAAAAGAGGUAGCAUAUACUUCUUGAUUCCUGCUUCUUCCGUGCCGGAGAAGAAAAAAUCUGGCACCACCCUCAAGAAGUCACCUAAAAUUAGUACAAAAAGCAAUAAGAAAUGUCACAUCAGCAUCCCCGAGUGUGAUCGGGAUUUAAGCGAUAGUACAACACCGAAAUUGAAGAAGUCGACUUCUCAUAGGAGAAGUAAGAGCGGAAAGGUUGUUGUAUGGAGGCCUCAUCUCGAGAGCAUUUCUGAAGUCUAAGCUUGUUUGGUAUGACAGAAGUCAUUUUUAACUUCUUUUUGUUUUGUUUUGUUUAUUACCCUUAUGAAGGGUGAUUUUUUUUUUUUUUUUUUUAAAAUUUGUGGAUAUUUUUUUUUUGUUUAUUUAUUUUCCAUCUGCAUGUAAUAGUGGCAGAUUUGGAUUGACAGGGAUGUAUAUCCCAAGCAAAUUUAUGAGAGAGAGAUUGGAGAGUGAUUUUGAAAGUUGUACUCAAAGAUGAGGAAAUGGUACUUUGAACUCCCUUCAAAAUAGAUGAGGGAGAAAAAAGUAUUAUUUUUGUUUUUUCCUCUUUCUUGUAAAUUUCUGGGGCUUCAAUAUAAACUUUUGUUGUUAACAAUACAA